UCCAUUUUCAUUGUUGGCUUGUGUAAGAUUGGCGCGUUCUGCAUUUAUGAACGGAUUAUUUAGCAAUAAGUAAAACAUACUGCGAUAAAUGGAAGGCGCGCCAAGUGGUAGAGGUGGAUUUCGUGGUGGUCGUGGUGGUCCGGGCGGCCCUAUGAGGGGCCGCGGCGGUUUCGGGGAUAGGGGAAGGGGUGGUCCUCCAAGAGGAGGAGGUAUGAUGAGAGGUGGUCGUGGUAGUGGACCUGGUGGUGGCAUGAGAGGUGGACCACCUGGAAUGAGAGGUAGAGGUGGUCCUCCUGGUAGAGGUGGCCGGGGUGGACAUUUUCCUCCAGGAGGAUUACCAGAACCAGGAAUGUCCAGUGGACCUGGUGGUGGUGGUCCACCACCACCAGGAAUGGGAGGUCCACCACGUGGUGGUAGCAGAGGAGGGGGAAGCAGUGGUUUCCGUGCAAGAGGAAGGGGUGAUUUUGGUAGAGGAGAUAAUCGUGGAGGUAAUAGCAAUUUCCGUGGACGAGGAGGAAUGGAUAGAGGCAGCAGAGGAGGGUCUAGGGGAGGAUCAGGUAGAGGUGGUCCAGGUGGAAGAGGAGGCUUUGGAGAUCGAGGAAGCAGAGGAGGUAGUGGUCGUGGUGGUCCAUCAAAGAGAGGAGGUGGACCACCAGGCUCAAGCGGACCGUCUAAAAGGCCGAGAUUCGAUCAACCGUCUUCACAACCUGCAAAUGGCUAUGCAACUCAACCACCAAGCCAAGGUGGAUACGGAGGGGGUACUAGUAAUGCCUAUGGUGGAGGACAACAACAACCACAACAGCAACAGCCAGUGGGAUAUGGUGGAGGCUAUGGAUCACAGAAUUACACUCAAUCAUCAUAUCAGGGCUAUGAAAGUUAUCAACAACCUCCAGAUUAUGGUCAAACAGCUGGUUAUCCACCAUCAGCAGCUGCUGAUAAUAGGUAUGGAGGAGCACCUACUGUGCCAGCUACAGGAGCUUUCAGUGCUGGUGAUCCUUAUAGUUACAGCAAAGCACCACCAUCAGCCAAUUACCAGCAAGAGGUAGUAGCAGCAGUUGCUGGGGGUGGGGGUGCAGGUUUUGCCCCUACUAACCCAUAUGAUGACCGAUCUUCUAAUGCCAUUUCUAUGAGCAACAGGGGUGGUUACUCAACGCAACUUUAUGAUUACUCGAGUCAAGAUGGUGUAUACGGAAAACAGGAUUAUGGUGGCAGUGCUGGUUACCAAAACGCCCAGUCUCAGCGUCGUUAUUAAAAUUACACAUUCAACUUAUUUAAUUU